AUGAGAGCUCUCCCUCUGCACCUGACCCCGACAGUAAGCCUUGGCUGCCUGCUCCUGCUUUCCCUCCUCCCAGACCAAGGCCAAGCCAAGGAGUUGAAGUUUGUAACGUUGGUGUUUCGGCAUGGAGACCGAAGUCCCAUCGAUACCUUUCCUAACGACCCCAUUAAGGAAUCCUCAUGGCCACAAGGAUUUGGUCAACUCACCCAGCGGGGCAUGGAACAGCAUUACGAACUUGGAAGUUAUAUAAGGAGAAGAUACGGAAGAUUCUUGAACGAUUCCUAUAAACAUGACCAGGUUUAUAUUCGGAGCACAGAUGUUGACCGGACUUUGAUGAGUGCUAUGACAAACCUUGCGGCCCUGUUUCCCCCAGAGGGGAUCAGCAUCUGGAACCCCAGCCUGCCCUGGCAGCCCAUCCCAGUGCACACAGUGGCUCUCUCUGAAGAUCGGUUGCUCUACCUGCCUUUCAGGGACUGCCCUCGUUUUCAAGAACUCAAGAGCGAGACUUUACAAUCUGAGGAAUUCCAGAAGAGGCUUCGUCCAUAUAAAAGCUUUAUAGAAACCUUGCCAUCGCUGUCAGGAUUCCCUGGCCAGGAUCUCUUUGGAAUUUGGAGUAAGGUUUACGACCCUUUAUAUUGUGAGAGUGUUCACAACUUCACCUUGCCCUCCUGGGCCACCGAGGACACCAUGACUAAGUUGAGAGAGUUAUCAGAAUUAUCUCUGCUAUCGCUGUAUGGGAUUCACAAGCAGAAAGAAAAAUCUAGACUCCAGGGAGGUGUCCUGGUCGGUGAAAUCCUCAAGAACAUGAAGACUGCAACUCAGUCACAGAAGUACAGAAAAUUCGUCAUGUAUUCUGCACACGACACUACUGUGAGUGGCCUGCAGAUGGCGCUAGAUGUUUAUAAUGGACUUCUACCUCCCUAUGCGUCCUGCCACAUAAUGGAAUUGUACCAAGAAAAGGGGGGGCACUUCGUGGAGAUGUACUAUCGGAAUGAGACCCAGCACGAGCUCUACCCACUCACACUGCCUGGCUGCACCCACAGCUGCCCUCUGGAGAAGUUUGCAGAGCUAGUGGAUCCCGUGAUCCCCCAGGACUGGUCCACGGAGUGUAUGGGCACAAGCAAUCACCAAGUCCUGAGGGUCAUCCUUGCCAUUACCUUUUGCCUGGUGUCUGGUAUCCUAGUGAUACUGCUGCUCGCCCUCAUCCGCCACGGGCCCUGCUGGCAGAGAGAAGUCUAUCGGAACAUCUGAACAGACGGCUGACCUCCAGGGACAUCUAUCAGUGAGGUGGCACCUUCAGGGUGGGCUUCUGCCAUGUGGGCAUUGAGAGUUGGUGUGAGCUCACUGCCAUGGGGACGAGUGCAGAGCUGGCAGGUUAGGUAGGUCUUCUGGCCACCGAGCUGCUCAAGGGCUACCACAGGACUCCCCUGCAAGAGCUCUUCUGUUCUUCUCUGUUCUCUCACACAGAGGUCCUGAGAGAAACAAGAAGCCAAAUUCUAGUUCAUCUUGUGCCUGCAAAGAGGAAGGGAGAGAAAAUAGGACCAAGACACAGGUUAGAGCAGAGUAGGUAAUCCGGAAUGUUAGACUAGAAGUGGA